ACGGCACAACAGACAAAUGUGUUUCUAUACUAGCGCGUGGCUCGUGGCGCAAACAUCUUAACGGGAAUUUUAAAUUUUAAUUUUAAAAAUGACUGACGAUCUCAUAGAACUCGUACGUCAAAGAAAAGUUAUAUAUGAUUCUAAGUGUAAAGAUUACAAGGAUAAUUUCAUGAGAAAUGCUGCUUGGGAAGAAAUCGCUGAAAUCUUAGAACAACCAGUAAAUAAAUGCAAGGAUGACUGGGCAAAACUAAGGAAUGCUUUCGCCAGCGCUUUGAAGCGACGAAGGAAUAAGAAAAGUGGGCAGGCUGCGGCGGCGUUAGUGCCCUGGAAAUAUGAAGAGAACAUGAGUUUUCUUCUUCCUUAUAUGGAAUGUAGGAGCACAAAAACAAAUGUGACAACUACACCAGAAUCACCACCCACAGAAGAGUCUCCCGACGAAAGUCUUCCAGAAAGUCCCAGUACUUCACGCAGUCAAUCACAAUCCCGUUCCUCACGUGGAAAACCUAAUAAAGAACCCAAAUUACAAGAGUUGUACGAUUUGAUGAAAUCUUUCCAAGAUUUAAGACGUCAGAAGCAAAAUUUUAGACAAGACAUGGACGAAACUGAUCUAUUUUUCCUUAGUAUGAGUAAAGAAUUAAAAGCGCUGCCAAAACUUGAACAAACAAAAAUAAAAUUAGACUUGCACACCGCUAUUUCCCAAGCAUUAAUACGGCAAUUGGAACACAGAGACAAAA